GUAAUAAAGUCUCUCAACUAACUCCACCAAACAUAUAAUAUAUAUCUCUCACUCACUACGCCCUCACAUCUAUUUACUCAUAAUUACUACCAACCAAAUCUUCCUUAUUUUUCUCCCCACCCCCAUGUGCUCGGAGCCGCCGCAUACGACCCAUCAUCCCACCUCCACUCCCACGCUACCCCUGUCUUGGCUUCCAGUACUGGACUCCCCAUGGAUGCCAACGCCCCCGCGUUUAACUCUGGUCUCUGUCCCCUUUUUGUGGGAAGAGGCGCCCGGGAAGCCGAGGCCAUCAACUGCAUCAAAAGUCCUGUGGCAGGUUCCCGUAGUGGCCGGGAAGCUGCCUCCCCCACCACGGCUGUUGAAGAACGAGGUGAAACAAAGCAAUAAUCUACCGUCGCCAACGACGGUUCUAGACGGAGAUGAAAGAGGUGGGAUGGUGGGAUCAAAGAGAUGGGGUUCUUUUAGGAUGUGUGAGAACAACGGCGGUGGAAGCGGGAGGUUUAGAAGGGGAAGAUCAGCUUCAUCUUUGUCACUUUCAUCAUAUGCAACAUCAUCGCACUUCUUGAUUUGGAUGCCAGUCAUCAUUUCAUACUAUUACCAGGAGUGAUUUGUUACCUGCCAUGAAUGACUGAUACCAGAAAUCCAGCAGACUGAAGGCAUUCAAUGUCUUUUCUUGUCACUUUAUGCGUCCAGCAUGCAUUGACUUGACCCGCAAAACCAUCAUUAGAUUGCAUUCCCGUUGCUGAUAUACCUUCAACAUAUUCCUGCAAAUAAUUGCUUCAAGUUGAAUAUGACACAAUCUAAAGUAUUUAUUUAUCUGUGUGCAUAUGUUAUGCUAUAAACUAGAGAAAAAGUUAACUGCUCAACGGUUGGACCCCACCCCUCUUCUUCGAGAUCAAAGGUUCAAAUAUCCACCCGAAUCUGAUUAGUGAAGGAUUUUGGGAAAAACUAAAAUUCUAAUGAUAGAGAUACAUUAGAAUUUGAUAGAGAUACAGUGAACAAUCAACAAAUGGAUGGUAGCGUAGACAACUCUAGACAACGGUAACCACUUGGUUUAUGGUUUUUAGUUUUUGAAAAUUAAAUAUAUAAAUUUCUUGCUUUGUUGUCUACUUUA